UGGGUAUACCAGGCUGUCACUGCCCGGUAUCUUCUCAGUCACUAUGUCACGGACGAACGCUUUUCUCGGUAUCUUGGUCCUGGCCGUGCUAUGUGUGCGGUCUCCGUGCUCCGCUUCCCUCAUACCGCCACGGAAUGACACCGCCCGGGUGGCUCGCUAUGUGGUGCAUCACUGUGACUGGGGUGCAAUGGCCACCAUCUCUUCACACGAGUCUGUCAGGGGACAGCCUUUCGCUAACGUGUUCUCUGUGAGCGAUGGGCCCCUGAGGGCCAGCACCGGAGUGCCAUACCUGUACCUCACACUCAUGGAAAUCUCCGUGCAGGACUUGCAGGUGAACCCAAAUGCGUCUAUAACGUUGUCAUUGGCUCAGACCCAUUACUGCAAAAAAGAAGGCUAUGACCCUCAGAGCCCACUGUGUGCCCAUGUUAUACUGUCUGGGGCCAUUCAGAAGGUGGAUGACACCGAGACCGACGCCGCCAAGUUAGCUUUGUUCAGCCGGCACCCCGAAAUGGCCAGCUGGCCCCGUGACCACAACUGGUUCUUCGCCAAACUCAACAUCACAAACAUCUGGGUGCUGGACUAUUUUGGUGGAAUCAAGACUGUGACACCAGACGAAUAUUACAAAGCAAAACCUUAAUUCAAUUACUAUUGGAGCUGAGGAUCCAAACCAUUGUUGGGAGAGUUUUCAAGCAGCCUGCACGUGUUUUGAUUUUGCUUUCGUUUUUCAGCAUCGACCUUUAGAUCGAAGUCUGCAAAUAUUUAAUCAGGAGAGUUCCAUCUUUUUCA